AUUGAAAAGGCGAACGCACUCCAGCCGCCCAGCACUCUCUCACUUCUGGCCAGGGAACGUGGAAGGCGCACCGACAGAGAUCCAGCCAGGGAGGGCGAGUGAAAGAAGGAAAUCAGAAAGGAAGGGAGUUAACAAAAUAAUAAAAAACAGCCUGAGCCACGGCUGGAGAGACGGAGACCCAGCGCAAGAGAGCGCAGCCUUAGCAGGAGAGGAAAGAGGCAGAGCGCGCUCAGCAUUGACUUUUGCUGCUGCUUCUGCUUUUUUUUUUCUUAGAAACAAGAAGGCGCCAGCGGCAGCCUCACACGCGAGCGCCACGCGAGGCUCCCGAAGCCAACCCGCGAAGGGAGGAGGGGAGGGAGGAGGAGGCGGCGUAGAGGAAGGAGAAAAAGCAUUUUCACCUUCUUUGCUCCAGCUCUAAGAAGUCUCCUGGGAAUUUUGUAUAUAUAUUUUAACUCCCCUCAGGACUCCUCUUCAUCUUUCCUCUUUCCCUCGCUGUUCCUGCACCCAAGUCCUGUCUGUGUCCCCCUCGCGCGCCCCGCACCUCGCGUCCCAGCUUGCUCUGAUUCCACGACUCCUUGGCCGCCGCUGCGCAUGGAGAGCUCUGCCAAGAUGGAGAGCGGUGGCGCGGGCCAGCAGCCCCAGCCACAGCCCCAGCAGCCCUUCCUGCCUCCCGCAGCCUGUUUCUUUGCCACCGCCGCAGCCGCGGCGGCGGCCGCAGCCGCAGCGGCCGCACAGAGCGCCCAGCAGCAGCAGCAGCAGCAGCAGCAGCAGCAGCAGCUGAGACCGGCGGCCGACGGCCAGCCCUCAGGGGGCGGUCACAAGUCAGCGCCCAAGCAAGUCAAGCGACAGCGCUCGUCCUCGCCCGAACUGAUGCGCUGCAAACGCCGGCUCAACUUCAGCGGCUUUGGCUACAGCCUGCCGCAGCAGCAGCCGGCCGCCGUAGCGCGCCGCAACGAGCGCGAGCGCAACCGCGUCAAGUUGGUCAACCUGGGCUUUGCCACCCUUCGGGAGCACGUCCCCAACGGCGCGGCCAACAAGAAGAUGAGUAAGGUGGAGACGCUGCGCUCGGCAGUCGAGUACAUCCGCGCCCUGCAGCAGCUGCUGGACGAGCAUGACGCGGUGAGCGCCGCCUUCCAGGCUGGCGUCCUGUCGCCCACCAUCUCCCCCAACUACUCCAACGACUUGAACUCCAUGGCCGGCUCGCCGGUCUCAUCCUACUCGUCGGACGAGGGCUCUUACGACCCGCUCAGCCCCGAGGAGCAGGAGCUACUCGACUUCACCAACUGGUUCUGAGGGCUCGGCCUGGUCAGGCCCUGGUGCGAAUGGACUUUGGAAGCAGGUAGGUUGCAUUUUGGGGUGGGCAGGGGGGUAUUCUUGCCUUCGUGCUCCCUCUGAGUGUCUGUGGAAGUGAGGAUGUCUCCAAGGAGAUGGGGGGAUUUUUAUUUAAAGGAUUUGUGAAAGUUUGUCGAUUUCAAGUCCUAGUUUGUUAGUUUCAGCACUGGCUUCUGAAAGUGGCUUUGCCCAGGUCUCCAACUAGUGAAGGGUAGGAGUGAGGUGAAGAGAUGCUCGUGAACCGAUU